AUCUCUCAUCCACACACAAUGAUAGAAAUAGCUACAAUGCUAAGGUCAAACGAGUUUUAGAUACUUAUUUUCGGUUCCCUUUGAACCUUACUUUAAUGUAUUGUGAUUACACUCUUUCGUUAAGGACGUAUAUAUUAGCAGUACUGUAGAAUUGACAAAUUGAAUCAUAUGAUAUAGAAUUUUCAAUUUACAAUAUACGAAAGUUCUUCAUGUUUUACAUUUUUAUCCUGUAGGUAUUGCACUAACAGCUUUUGUCUUCAAUUUGAAAUAGAAAAUUAGUUAUCUAAUUUACUUUAAAUAUAAAACUUCAUAUUUAGCUACUACGACAACAACAUCCACAGCAGCACAAUGUUAUUCGUAUACAACCAUCAAUGAUGUAACACGUCUGGCAACAGCCGGAAGUGGAUCUACAACCGAUUAUGGUUUGUUUUCAACUGGUACUUGGGUUCGUUUUUCUGGUGCAGGUGGCACUCAAAUAACAACAUCAUCACCGGGUCUAUAUCAUUGUACUACAUAUUAUUCUGGUUGGUACUCGGGCUCACUACCUUCGUCUGGUGAAACGGUUAAUGGCACAGUAUGUUAUACAUAUAGUUCAUCUUCAUGUUAUUAUGCCAAUAUAAUAUCAGUAACAAAUUGUGGUUCCUUUUAUGUCUAUGAUCUUGUUAAUCCACCCGUUUCCAAUUCGCGUUAUUGUACUGUUUAA